AUGACAAAGACAAUGACACCCAAGCAGAAUCAAUCCACCAAUAGCAAAACUCCUGGUGGCAAGGCCAAGAACAAGGAACAGGAAGUGCCAAUGUCACCAAGUUCAGCCGAAGAUCAUGUUCCAACAAUGAAGGAUACACAAUGCAGGCGUGAUGUAGGCAGCAUCAUGCUGAACUCUGAUGGCAGCCAUAGAUACAAGACAGUGGGAGCCAGACCCUUGAUCCAUGUGAAAGGAGCUGAAUGGGCAUGGGAGCUCAAUCACUGGGAGCUUUGUGAGAAAAUGGCAAACAGACAUAAGCCCAUGGUAUUGUUUGAAUGCCAGUUGGAUGAGGGAAGCAAAGACUCACAGGGCAUGGGUGAUGAAGGGAAGGGCAUUGAAACUGGUAGAUUCUACUACAUAUUGCAGGAGAUGGAGAUCCAUUCAGCUACAUACAAUGAAAUUGCCAAACUACCUGAGAUCUCCAAGGAGAUGUUGAGGUGUGCUUGGAACACCUGCAAGAUAGCGAAACCUGGGGAAGAGUCUGGCAACAGCCCAGCCCCUCAUGAACUCAUGGUGGAGAUUGUUGGGCACUUCGAAGAAGACAAUGGGACAGAAGAAUCUGUGGACUUCUCAGAAGUAACCAAUAUUCUCAGCACAGACAUUUUAGAGCUUGAGUUCUUUGUUGGCAGCAUCUUCAGCACCCCAAUGUUCUUUGAUGCAGUGUUGGCAAGUGUGCACAACCACAUGUAUCCCUACUCUGGGACACUGAGAGAAUGGGAUGCACCCAGAAACACAGAACUUGUGACACUGUUUUUCUUCCUGGAUGUGGAUGCAGAGAAGGUGGUACAUUGGAUUGAACUGCAUGCACAGGCAUCCACCUUCAUCUUUGACCGAGUCUCUGUACCUGGGGGUCCAAACCAUAGAACUGUCCCUGUGACAUUGAAGGAAAAUGCAUCUCCAUCUUGGAGCCAGACUGGUGUGCUCGGGUUUCAAGAGCCAUUAGCUCCAGGAGCACUGGAGAGAGCAGUGCAAGCACAACUACAGAAAGUGAAGGACGAGUGA